AGCAGUGAGUGAGUCAUUUAGGUAAUUACAUCAAAUAGAAUAUUGCUGUCAACAUGGCGCCAGUGCUGCGGAAAGCUAGAUAAAGGACUGCACAUCUCGGAGUGUAGUGGUGAAGGAAGGUUUUCUAUUAAUACAUUCGAAUGGUGAUAUUUGCCGAAGGGUAUUUAAAUAGUAAAUAUUUUCGAAUUUUGUGGAAAGGAAAAAUCCUCAUCGAUAAAGACAGCAGCAUUGAGGAAAUAUUUUUGCUAUAUAAAAGAUUCCCAAAAGAAAGAAAGAAAAAAAAUUACAUAUUUAACUGAGAGAGAAAAAUCUUGUUUAAUACAAUAUACACGUUUCUAUUAUAUAUAUAUAUAUAUAUCUCUGUUUAUAUAUAUAGAUCUAUAUAUAUAUAGAUAGAUAUAUAUAUAUACAUAUACACACACACUCACACAUAUACAUACACAUAUUUGUCAGUCAAAAUAUACGUCUAAUAUACAUGAGAUAAUUAUUUCCUCGCUGUUUAUGUUUGUCUAGUGGAAAAAAUAUAGACACUUCACAGAUCCCACAAGCAUGUGUGAAGUACCAAUUGUGACUGCUCGAGCCUCGGUGAUGACCUAUGAUGAGCCCAAUAAGAAAUGGAUCCCUAAAGGGAAAUCGCAGGGCCUUUCCAAAGUUCAAAUCUUCCAUCAUACAUCCAACAACACUUUCCGUGUAGUUGCAAGGAAAGUGCCAGAUCAUGAGGUUGUUAUUAAUUGUGCAAUUUUAAAAGGACUUAAAUACAACAGAGCAACACAAACGUUCCACCAAUGGCGAGACAGUCGAUUAGUCUAUGGGCUUAACUUCACAAGCAAAGAAGAUGCUGAUAGUUUUGCACAGGCAAUGCUCAGUGCGUUAGAAACCCUCGAAUGUAUGUACAGGACCCCACCUCCUGUGGCACCUCCACCUCAGCCACCUCAGCCAUCAUCAAUAUAUCAACACAUUAAUGUCAAUGGACCCAAGGAACCAGAGACAGAUAGAAUACAGCGAGAUGAAAUGAAAAGCCAACAUCAACGUCAGCUGUCUGGUGGAGUUAACAAUAUAGGAAUGAAGGAUCCUUCACCCCAGUCUAUGAUGAUGGCAAAUUCUGGUGGAACUCUUAAUAGGGAACAGGUAUCUUCUUCGUCUCAGCCGCCUGUAGCACCACCGGUGCCCCCUGCACCACCUGGGCCACCUCCAGCAAUGACAGGUCCACCCAAGCCCCCAGCUGCUCCUACUGUGCCAGUAGCACCCCAGCCUCCACCUGUUGGAGCACCACCACCACCCCCUCCCCCACCACCUCUUCCCUGC